UGUUUGUGCUCCGAGUAGUUCCCGAGUGGCGCCAUGGCGAGCAGUCUGAGGUCGGUCCGGUGCGGCUCGCGUUCGCCUCCCGAGCAGCCGCUGCAGGUCAAGGUGGUGGGGCUCUUCAAAAGCUCCACUUUUCAGAUUGCGAAGAGCACAGCUGAGAGUCUGAAGCUGAAUUUUCCAUCCAAAUUUGAAGAUCCUAUAAUAGUUCCUCUUCAAGAAUUUGCAUGGGAUCAAUAUCUACAGCAGAAAAAACGGGAACUUAAGAAUGAAGUCUGGGAAUAUUCUUCCCAUGUCAUGUGUUUUAUUAAUGAUCAGCUCCUGGGUGAUGCACUUGAUCUUCAGAAAUGGGCCCACAAGGUGUGGGAUAUAGUUGAUUUUAAGCCCUCUGCACUUUAUGAUGCGCUGACUGUGGAUUAUUCUGCUAAAUUCUUAAGAGCUACCAAGCAUGAUUUUGUGUUCUUGGAUAUUUCUAUUGAUUUUAAUCCAAUUGGAAGAUUGAUUUUUGAGCUAUUCUGUGAUGCAUGUCCCAAAACAUGUAAAAAUUUUCAGGUCUUGUGCACAGGAAUAGCAGGGUUUUCUCAAAGUGGUAUCAGGCUCCACUACGCAGGUUCGAUUUUUCAUCGAGUAGUACAGAAUGGUUGGGUACAAGGAGGAGACAUAGUAGCUGGAAGAGGAAAUGGUGGAGAGUCAAUUUAUGGACCAACAUUUGAAGAUGAAAACUUUGCAGUUCCUCAUGAUAAAAGGGGAGUUCUUGGAAUGGUCAACAAAGGCCGUCACACCAAUGGGUCACAAUUCUACAUCACACUACAAGCAGCACCCUAUCUAGAUAAAAAAUAUGUGGCUUUUGGGUACGUGCAUUAUAAGUUUGCGUCUGUAAUAUUCACACAUGUAAAACUGUGGUUCAAAAAGAUUUGGCUAAGCAUUAUAUGUAGUCUAAGGGUAACUACGAUAGAAUUUAAAAACAAAAGCAAUACAAAUAUAGACUUUUAGAAAUAAAUAUUUAUAAGAAACUUGAUGUCUAUUAAAAAAACACAGAAACCAUUUAGGCACAGCCAUUGUAAUUGUUUGUCCAUCCAUCCAUCCAUCCAUCCCUUCUGCCUCCCUUCUGUCUAGGCUUAGGUCAGACACCUCCCCGAUUACCAAAACCAAACUGCUUCUGUCCUCUUUGGCACAUGUGGACAGCACGAAGUAGGGACUGGGUCUCACUCAUCUUGUGUCCUAACAUCUUGUGGAGAGGUGCACACAGGAGGUGCUCAUUCAGUGUUUGUGAAUCCAACUUGGAGAACAGGUUUCACAUUCUCUUUGGACACAGAUGAAUCUGUCCAUUUAUCAUCUGCUCCUCAUCCUCAGAAUGUACCUCGUGUCCUGCUCUGUAUCGUGGUUUCUAAUCGAUUGGGAUGGCAAAAAACAGAGCCCAGAGGCAGCAGACAGAUGGCUAGAGCAUGGUCAGUGUCAGCACUGACUGUGUCCCUGUAAAGGUUCAUGACAUGGAAACCUCUCCUUCCCCUCAGCCACUGUCUCAACCAAGCAUUGGCAGAGGGCACUGGUCCUAUGUUUAGGACUGUCUUUUUCAGUUGAGAGAACCGUCAGAAGUUGAGCUCCACUCAAGCCACUAGCUCGUGGCCUAUGAAUGUCCACAGAGAUCCAAAUUAGCAUGGCUUUGAGCUGCCUUUUAUUCAUGUAUCCAAUGGCUGUUGUUUAGAUGCCUACUGUGUACCAGGCAUUGUAUUAGGCAUGAGAGAAUCUGAAAGAAUCAAAGAAGCAUACCAAUGAAUGUCAUAUUUAACCCUGGUAACUCCUAUAAAGGAGAGGAGAGGAGGGGAACUUGACAUAAGCAGGGGCUCUGGGAAACUUCCCCAAGGAAGUUGAUGACUGAGCUAUGAUCUGCAGGAAGGCCAGUAGGUGACCAAGCAGGGCAGUGGGGGUAAGGGGUGGCCAAAAGCAAAGGAGACAGCUGUGGCAUAAAGGGCUCAAGGUGCUACUGAGGUUCUGACAGCCAGUGUGGCUGGAGCAGAGAGAGCAGGGGAGCCUGCUGCAAGACAGCCCUGGAGGGGCGUGGGCAGGCCGGCCAUGGGAGAGAUUUGUGGACUUUAUCAUAAGGAUAAUGGGAAGUUAUUGAAGUGCUUUAAGGAGGGAGGUGAGAUAAGAUUUGCAUUUUUUUAAGUUCAUCCGAUGGCAGUGAGGAUAACAGAUUGGAAGGGUCUCAGACAGAUGUUGGGGAACCAUGGCAAAGUGGACACAUUUAGAGCUAUUUAAGAUAUUUAUGACAGACGUUAAUUUCAUUUGUAGGAAAUACCCUUAGCUAAGCUAGAUAGCACUCAAUGUAGAAAUGUGAGCUAAAGGUGAAGAUUUAUGACUGACUAAAUUUUCCAUUUUUAAUUCUAUAUUAGGCAGUUGAUUGAAGGAACAGAAGUUCUUCAACAACUAGAAUUGGUUCCAACAGAGAAUGAAAGACCAAUACAACAAUGUACAAUUAUUGGCAGUGGAGAGUAUUAUGCCUGAUUUUCAUAUCAAUAUUUUCUGACAAUUUAUUAUGUAUCUGAUCAGCUGUUUCUAGAUUUAAUUAAACCGUGCUUGGUAAAAUUUAAUUUGAAAGCUGUGGCAGAUGCUGUAGGUUGGCUCUCCCAGCACCCAGUAUCUUCUCCAUUUUCCUUUCUUGACUCUGCUGUACAGACUAUAAAAGCAAAAUACUCAAUUUUUCAGCCUCCUUUGCAGCUAGGAGUGGACACAGGAUACCAUUCUGGCCGGUAAGACAGGAGUAGUAUAGCACACAGUGGUCCUGCCCUCUCCCGUUCAUCCAGUCUUGAAUGCAGAGAGGCUGGGGCCAUGAAGAAAAGGCCAAGAGAACUGCAGAGAUGUCAGCCCCAGCUCUGGAGCUGCCAAACCAAUAUCAGCGACUGCCUAUCUGUGGACUUCUUACUGUAUGAGACAAAUAGACCCCUGUUUAUGUUACUGUUGGUCGAGGAGCCAAAACCAUUCUUAGUUAAGCAGCAGCACCUAGUGGCCUUGGAAAAUCCUAAAAUAUUUGUAACAGAAUUUUGUUGUUGUUUGUAACUACAUUUCUGCCAUGAGAAACUAGGAGAAACAAUAGAGAAAAAGAAUUUAUUGUAAAAUUCCAUUGUUUUUACCUAGCAUUCAGGAAAGGGUACACACGUUGGCUGUUGUUAUAGGACACGAAUAGAAUGCUUGUCUCUGAGCCAUGCCAACCAAGGGUUUGGGUUCUAGUCCCCAUGAUGGUAACUCCUGAGAUGUUAUUCGGGACCCAGCUUUAUAAGCUGCUCUGUGAUCGGAGAUUCUCAAACUCAUGUCACUGCAAGAACUUUGUCAACUAGACUGCUGGACUGUCCUUGACUAUUCAUUCUCUAGAUGUGCAUUCAUUUAGCGCUCUCCCCGGAGGUUCUUAUUUAGCCGCUGGGCACAAAUCAGUCAUUUGGGAAUCACGGCAAGACACGAAACUGGUCUCAGCCACCGCCUUGUAGUCAGUGGAGCGCUUGGCUCUGUUAGUGGUGACUUUGCGUGCUGCCGCCACCACCACUGCCAUUGGGCUCCUGCUCUGCCCAGAAUCUUGGUGCUUUUCUUGCUCUGAGCAGAGGGUUUGUCUUCAAAGAUGAUCCUUGAGCCAAUCUGAGGGAGACAGGUCUGUCAUUGAAUUGGGUCUUGCCGAAGGUAGGCAUGUGCUUUUCUUUUUUCCACUUUUUGAAAUGAUUCUAGAAUCAUGGGAAGUUGCCGGAAUACGACAGAGCAUUCCCGUGUCCCAUUCACACAGUUUCCCCAGUGGGCAGACCUUAGCCGGCCAUGGUAAAUACAAAAAGAGGCAGUUGACCUCGGUGUGUGUGUGGGUGGUCAUUUUAUCAUGUGUAGAUUUGUGUGGCUGACACCACAAUCAAGACACAGAACUUUUUCGGUGCCACAGAGACCUCGCUGGGGCUACUCCUUUAUAGUCAUACCUACUCCCCUGUCCCUACCAUCCCUAACUCCUGAAAACUAGCAUGUAUACUUUUUUUGUUGUUAAACAAAAGCUCAUUGCUAUAUGGCAUGUGGUUU